AUACCCUGACAGGACCUUGGCGUGUGCCCGCGGGCGCCGCGGCCGAGCCCAAAUGGCAGGGCCCUCGGAACCAGUCCGUGCGUGGCAAGCGCAGCGCGAGAGUGGGCCGCGACAGAGCCCCUCCACGUCGUAGCCGGAGCUCAGCGACAUAGGAAGGUUGCGGGCAGACCCACUCGACGGACAUGGCGCGUGGAGAACAGGAGGAUGACCAAGCGGAGGACGCCCUGCUGGCAGUGAUCGGACAAAAGGGAAAAUGGCAGCUGAUUACCUUCCUCGUCAUAUCACUGCUAGGCAUUCCGGCCGCCUGGAACAUGCUGGCCAUCACGUUCCUGGCGCCCCAGGACGUGGACCACUGGUGUGCGCGGCCACCGGCCUUCGCCAAUUGGACGGCCGACCAGUGGAAGCUGUACGCCAUACCGACCGAGAAGGAAAGCAAGAAGACGACCUACCAGACCUGUAUGAUGUACAACGUCAGCUACGACGUGGUGCCAAGCGGGCCUGCGGCGCCGGCCAUUGCCCUGGAUCAGCUGACCAACGACUCGCUGAUAGCGUGCCAGAGCUGGCCCUCGGGCCGCGAGGGCGGCGGCCUCAUCACCCACGAGUACGACCGCUCCCGCUUUCCCGACACGGCUGUCAGUGAGUUCAGCCUGGUUUGUGAUAGGAAGGGGUACGUGGCGCACGCGCAAUCUACAUACAUGGUGGGCAUUCUACUGGGAGCCGUGCUGGGCGGCGUAUGCGCCGACUGGUACGGUCGGCGCAAGACUUUGCUGAUUUUCACGGUGACAUUCCUGAUAUUUGGAAUAUCGGCGGCAUUCUCCAACCACGUCAUUGUCUUUAUGGCACUCAGAUUUUGCGUGGCAUUCUCCAUGAUGGCGCUGUUCACUACAGGCUUUGUAUAUGCGCUGGAGAGCGUGGGCGGCUCCUGGCGCGCCAUCCUCGGCAUCUCUUACGAGUACACCUUCGCCAUCGGCUUCAUGUCGUUGGCUGGCAUCGCGUACGGGCUAAAGCCCUGGAUGCACCUGCAGCUGUGCAUCGUCAUCCCUGCCGUGCUCUUCUUCUCGUUCUACUUCAUUAUCCCCGAAUCGCCCCGGUGGCUGCUGAGCAAUGGCAGGGAGGAAGAGGCUCGCGUGAUCAUUGAGAAAAUAUGCCGCACAAACGAUCGCCCCUACAAGCCCACCAUGGAGGUGGUGGAUGCGGUGUCUAAAACAGACGAAGAGACACGCGUGACAAUCCUGGAUCUCUUCAAGACACCCAACCUUUGUAGGCGGACGCUCAACUUUUAUUACAACUGGUUCGUCAACAGCUUUGUGUACUACGGUCUCUCGCUAAACUCGGGCAACCUUGGCGGUGACACCUUCAUCAAUAUCUUCAUCGGCGGUGCGGUUGAGAUUCCGGCAUACACACUCAGCAUCAUCGUGCUGCUCAAGGGCGGCAGGCGGUGGGCGCUAUGUCUGAGCAUGGUGAUUGGAGGCGUGGCCUGUCUCUGCACCAUGAUCUUCGAAAAGGACGUGUACACGCUCGACUGGCCCAUCGUGACGUGUGCCAUGAUCGGCAAGUUCUGCAUUUCCGCCUCGUUCGCCAUCGUGUACGUGUUCUCGGCCGAGGUGUUCCCCACGGUGCUGCGGACCACAGGGGUCGGCAGCUCCUCCAUGUGCGCCCGCUUCGGCAGCAUUGCGGCGCCCUACGUCGCCAUCUACGGUGGCGAAGCCUACAAACAUCUGCCGGUGAUCAUGUUCGGUGUCACUUCGAUCCUGGCCGGCCUGCUGGCGCUCCUGCUGCCCGAGACCAAGGGCAAGUCGCUGCCUGACACGGUCGCUCAGGGCGAGGUCUUCGGAACGAGUGCCGAGGAGCAGCCGCUGAACAAACGCUCAACGUCUGAGGACGAGGGAGAAACGCGCCUACACCAACGUUGCGCUGGACACCAAGCUGUGAAGCCGACCUGGCGCGACUGUAGACCAUGCUGGCUGGGUCGGUAUCCGGCGGACGUCUCGAGCAGCUGACAUGCGUGUGUCUCCACGUGUGACGUGAACAACGCCCAUCUGCGAGAUUGUUAUCGGUUCAUCAUUGAGAUGCACUGACAUAUGCGUCGGGGCGGGGCGCAUGGUUCACUAGUAAGCGGACAUGUGACAUAUGAGAUGACCGCUUGUUGCUAUCCGGCCACGAGAUACUGUUCGCGACAGCCACUGGCCAGCACCGGCUCCCCUACCACCUACGUCAUCGGACGUAGCGGUCGGCGCACGAACACAGCAGUUCAAAUAUGUCCAUACGUCCAGCCCGGAGUUACUGAAUGACUGAGCAGAGUUAGCUUUUAUGGUGGUCACUUCCUUGGAAAUUUAAGGAGGAAUCUGUCAUGUUGGUGGACGCAAGCUCAUCACGUUUAUGCCUCACCGCGUCACAGUAUCAGACCGCUCUUAACUACGCACUCUGCUGCUGGGAAGACAUGGCGUCGCCUGCCUCUUCCCCUGGUGGGAAGGGUGGGCACCGCGGGGAAUCGAACCUCGUACCCCUGGUUUCUCAGACGUGCCGUGGUUAACGUAGACCCGUUAAUCACUACAUUAGCGCCCCCUCUGGAUGGUUUUGGUCGAUAGUUAUGAUUAAUCAUAUACGUAUACGAUAGUUGUUCCUGAGUUACUGUCACCGCAAUUCUGCGGUGUCACUGGCCCACUAUUGUCGGAGCGCGCACUCGACUGACUUACCGCAUUAAUGCUAAUGUUGCGCUCGUACGCAGAGGCGGAAUAAUCUUGUCCAUACACAAAGACUGUCCGCUUCAGCUAGAAUGCUUCGCCUCAAGAUAGAAAUUGUGUCUUUGAAAAUGGGACAUAACAUUCUGUAACCUAUUUUGGCCAGCCCAGGCCAUGCGAAAGGAGCAGUGGCCGUGCGCUGAUGAGGGGUGGUGUUGCGUCAUACCAGACCAUGUACAAUUACUCAAGCGUACUUAACACACCUGGCAGCACGACGUACGAAUGGACCUGGCAGCGGCGAAUUCGCUGAAUAAAAAUACGAUGCACCUAUACAAACA